AUGACUCAGGGAGAGGGGGAACGAAGGAGGGAGGAGGACCAUGAAAGGAAGAAGACAUCCAUAACCUGCAGGUGCAUCUUGUUAGUGUUUGGCUGUGAUUGUCUGGUGGUGUGUGGUCCAUUUUGCUCAUCUCCCAGAGGGCAAAGCAAUAACCUGUCACACCACACAUGCCAUCAGGCGACGGCCCCUGCUCCCCUUCUUUAGAUACAAAGAGGGCCAUCAGCCAGCCUAUCUAACGUGAACAUGGGCCCACAGAUAUGGGUAGCCUAGAGGUGGAUACAUUUAAGAGAUAGCCAUUAACACACUCUCAGGUAACGGCUGAUACAUGAGCUAAGAGGUACAGCACAGACAUGUCAACAGUCAAAGAUGAGAAUAAUGUAUCUGACAGAUAAAAUGGCCAUGUUUGUUUCAUCUUACGUGGAUUAUGGUUGCCCCUUCUGUAUUGCCUUAUUCUGCAAGGUAUAAUUGGUUGGUUUGCAUGUCAUGGGACUAUACUGAGUUGUAUUGUAAAUACAGGUUAGCUGGCACUGGAAUGUCGUGAUUCUACGAUAAUAGGAUUACCUUUCCCCCUGGUUCUCACAUCGUUUUCUCCACUUGAGUGGAGGAGCUCACAUAAUCAUGGCCAUGAAUUAGUGCGUGUGAAGGGCUGCAGCACAAAUGGCGGUGCUUGCUGUUAAUGAUGCUGCGUGCAAUAUGAUCAAUGAGAUCUCUAACCCUGUGAGGAUGACAAUGAUGCUGGCGUGCUCCACCCUCGGUCCACAGUUCCCUACCCGGCUUUCAUAGCAGUGCAAUACGAGCUGCUGUCACAACACAGCUGAGGGUCAGAGAAUAGAGAGAGCAGGGUAUGAUUGGCAGAGAGAGGAGAGGCUAAUAGAUGCAGUACCACUGAGGGGAGGCAUCAGAGAACUAGAGUGAGUGGGAGAGAGGAGAAGUACAGUUAAUUGCCCUGAGCUUGAUGCUGUCAGAAGCACCCAGCAAGCAGAUCAGAUAGGCUUUCACCAGUGUAUUAUGUCAUUGUGCGAGACUGAUUAGUUCCACAGUGGGAGAUAAAUGGCAUCCCAGAACACUUCACAUUGUCUCCCAAUUAGCUCUCCACACAGCAACAGUAAUCCCAUGUAGUACGCUCUUCUGCACUCUUCUCCUGGCUCUGUACGUGGCUCAUCAUUAGAAAUAAAGAGCUGAGAGUAGCAGAUAUUAUUAUUCUACCGCACGGAAAUAUCCAUUAUGAAAUCUCAAAAAGUACAACACAUUUGCAGUUGCUAUAAGCACUGCCUCUGUGUGUAGUUACUAGGGGGUCAGUUAUCUGCAGUACUGCAGUAGAAAGGCGAUUUCCACUGAAGCUGGAAGAUGUUUCUCCAUUAUCCACUGGGGGGCACUAGAGUGAAGCAAAAGACACAAUUCUAACUUCAGCGCAAGUACAGGCCGUAGUUAAUCAAUUCUGAGCAAAUUAAUGGGAAUGGUAUUUACAGUGUAAUGAUAAUGAUCAUCAUUAUAAACACAAUCAUUUUGUUGUACUCAAUGUGAACAUUUACAGAGACAUUGGGGAGGACCUCUUGUGUGUACAAGCCAUUAUUAUGUGACAAGUGUAAUGAGUGUGAAAGGAACAAUUAGCCUGAAGCCAAAACUGAACUUGAUCUAUGAUGAACAACAGUAAAUGACCUCCUGCACUGUGCUCAAGGACAGUGUUUACUAGAAAAGCUGACUGGCUCUGAGAAUUGACCAAAAAGUGAAUACUGGUUGAUUUAUGAAUGUGUCAUAGACAUAGACAUAGACAUAGCUGGGGUUUGCCUUACAGUACUUACCGGGUCAGUGUUUGUCAGAAAAAGUCAUUGGAUCAGAUAAUUGAGUAAAAAGAGACAGAUGGUGGCAGCAUUUACUGCUGAUUACAUGGAGGUCAUAAAAGUAUCUUCACUAGGAGGGGGAUGACCAGGCCAAGUACAUAAAAACUUCCAGAUCUUGAAUCCUGAAGGGAAUUCUUCUGCAGCCCAGCCCAGGACUCACCAGGCUGCUGUCCUGUAGUAGAGGAGACAGUCUACCUCUGCAUUUCUAGAUUGAUUUAGAAGAAAUGUUCUUCUUAAUGAUUUAAUAGCGUCCUCCUUCCCUGUCCCUCCUCAGGUCUUUGAUCACUGGGGAAAGUAAAAGACAAAACAAGGAAAGCAACUUCUACAGAAUAUCCAUGGAAGGUUGAGGUAUAGUCAGUUAACUUAACAUUCUUGUAACUAGGGACAUAUUCACUGACAUUCGCUGAAUGUAACAUUUUCCCCAGCACAAGACCAUUGGUUGAGAGAGGACUGCAUACUGUAGUGUAGUGUAUAUCUGUAUGGUGCGGUAAAUAUAAAUAGUAUGUGCUGAUGUAGGGCCAUGCGCAGUGAUGUCCAACAACACAAGGACACAAGCGAAGCAGAUUCCUUCUCUGGACUUACUGGACUAUGAAAAAUUGACUUCUCCAGGAAAUGUUGUACUGUAUGAAUCAGCUUUGGUUUAUGUCAGGUUGGUUCAGACACUGGGUCCGUUGGGGAUGAAAUGGCACAUCCACAGAUGGCAAAUGUUCACUUGGAUUACUAGUGCCCUCCGAUACUGUGCAGAAACGUUUGUAAGUUUACAUAUGAACUAUAUAUCUGUUACAGAUCCUUGAUGUUUCCAGGUUACCAUACAUUUAAAUGUGUGGUGUAUGGGCCUGUUUGAAGACAGGGGCCUUAGACAGUGUCUACUGAUCACACUGAUGUAUAGUAUUUGUCCAGGAACCUUGCAAGACAGGCAAUCAAUAUUCCAAUUAUAGGUAGAUUCUAGGGCCGUUGAACAUCAAUCAAUAUGGUUGUCAAAACAAGUUGCACCAUACGUACAAAGUAGGGUCUGGAACACUGCAAGACUUACAAAUCUAAAGCAUGGUAUUUAAAAUGACCAUUAUACUGCAUAAGAAAUCGUAACAAAAGUGUAUUUGAGACAACGCAGAUGUGUGAAUGUAGACUUUCAUUUUCUCCAGUAUAGUCCCAUGCAGUCAGCAAGGAGUGGUCACCCUAGGGAUAUUGGAAAAGGCAUCUGGCGUUCAUUUUAUUAAUGUUUUUAUUACAGAAGUGAAGGAAUGUGUUCAGCACAACUACUUUGUUCUUUACUGUAAAGUGGAGCUGUAGCUAUUUCAAUCAAGAGUGAUAUUGCCAACCCAACCUCUCAAAACGUGACUAGAAUUACAGUAUAUAUAAUACGAUAAUGCAGCUUUCUCUUUUGCUAUAGUAGCAUCCUGCUGUAACCUUAUCAGAGGACAAUGGAAUGUAGUCACCUAGUAUUACUUUGAACUUUUUCUGUGGGAUAACUACAGUAGGGUCUUGUUAGUGCUGAUGCAUGGUAUGUUGUGGUAGGUGAAAGCAUGAAAUGUUGGUUGGUUUACCAUGGCAUGGCUUGGCGCCUGUUGUUAGCAUGGACAGAGGAACAUCCAAGGCCUUAUCAGAUCAGGCAGGUGUAUUUUCAGCUUGGUUGGACUCUAAUGAGCAGAUGGAUCCUGUUCUGUUUCAAUUUGACAAAAUGGCUUGAACAAUGAGAGUCUGAGAGCUGCUCCAUCACAUCAGAGGCUCUUGCUCUGCCAGCAUACUGAAUCAUACCAUGUAGUGGAUCUGAAGAGAAGUCAGUAUCUGUCCCAUUCCUCAGAAUAGAGGAGAAUGAAUAGUGUGGACAGCAUUAGCAUAAUCAACUCCCACCAGUCCUCUUGAUGCUAUUAGCUGAGACAUAGUACUAUGUGGUGUGGCGCUCCCUCCCUCAGUCUGACCUUAACAUGCAGUUUUAAAGCUCUCUGAUCCUCCUGCGACUUGGCAUUCACAGCGAUUAAAAUCAUAUCCUGUGAAGCAAGGUGGAUCAGAUGUAAAUGGAGACUGACUCUGGCCAUUUGGUUUGUGUUUCCUCAUUCAUUUGGUUCCAGAGCCACUGUGGCUCUGCAGGGCUCUGCCGUCAUAGAAGAGGACAGGUCUGGAUGUCAGGACCCAUUCAUAUUCAACUAGAUCAUGUCAAGUGUUGUGGGCAUAUCCCACCCUCUCCCUGGACACAAAUUGUCCCUGGUUUAAUGUUGAUUAGAAGAGUGUGAAGGAAGUGCAAACAUCUGAGGCAACCCAGCCGGUGGAUAAAUAUUAGUUGUCCUUCUUUGGACAGUGGAGUGCUCUCUGUCUACACAUACAGCGGGUGUUACUAAUGGCUCAGUGUUUACACUCACUGUCUGUCACGCAUUACUAAACACAUGAAUGUAUGUAUGGAAAGCUGUUUUUACAUAUUUUCAUUGAAGUUUUUAUAUCAAUAUAUAUAUAUAUAUAUUAUUUUAUAUCAAUAAUAUAAUUAACACCCCAUCGUACACCGCCCUCCCCACCCAGACAAAAGGUUCAUACAGUGCCUUCAGAAAGUAUUCAUACCCCUUGACUUACAAUAUUCCACAUUUUGUUCUGUUACAGUCUGAAUUAAAAAUGGAUUAAAUCAUUUUUUUUCCUCACCCAUCUACACACAAUUCCCCAUAAUGACAAAGUGAAAACAUGUUUUUAUAAAAAUUAAAAAAAAUGUUGCUGAAAAUGAAAUACAGAAAUAUCUCAUUUAUCUCAUUCACACCCCUGAGUCAAUACUUUGUAGAAGCCCCUUUGGCAGCGAUUACAGCUGUGAGUCUUUCUGGGUAAGUCUCUAAGAGCUUUCCACACCUUGAUUGUGCAAAUUUGCCCAUUAGUAUUUUCAAAAUUCUUCAAGCUCUGUCAAUUUGGUUGUAGAUCAUCGCUAGACAACCAUUUUCAGGUCUUGCCAUAGAUUUUCAAGUAGAUGUCACGUUCGUUCAUAGACGGGUCAGACCAAGGCGCAGCGUGAUAUGCAUACAUGUUUAUUUAAACUUAAUAAACACAACGACAAAACAAUAAACAAAACGAAACGUGAAGUCCAAGGUAGACACAAACAACAUACCUUUCCCGGAACAAGAUCCCACAACCCACUAGUGCCAAUAGGCUGCCUAAGUAUGGUCCCCAAUCAGAGACAACGAGCUACAGCUGCCUCUGAUUGGGAACCACACCGGCCAACAUAGAAAUACACAUAAUAGAACACCAACAUAGAAAUACCCAACAUAGAACAUACACACCCUGACUCAACAUUUAAGCGUCCCCUGAGUCAGGGCGUGACAGUAGAUUGAAGUCAAAACUGUAACUCGCCCACUCAGGAACAUUCACUGUCUUCUUGGUAAGCAACUCCAGUGUAGAUUUGGAGAGUGGUACUCAGUAAUGUGUUGUAUUGGAUUUGCCCCAAACAUAACACUUUGUAUUCAGCACAAAAACUUAAUUGGUUUGCCACAUUUUUUUGCAGUAUUACUUUAGUGCCUUGUUGCAAACAUAACUUAUUUAGGCUUGCCAUAACAAAGGGGUUGAAUACUUAUUGACUCAAGACAUAUUAAUUUGUAAUAAUUUCGAAAAAACACAUUCCACUUUGACAUUAUGGGGUAUUGUGUGUAGGCCAGUGACAAAAAAUCUGUUUAAUCUAUUUUAAAUUCAGGCGGUAACAUAACAAAAUGUGGAAUAAGUCAAGGGGUGUGAAUACUUUCUGAAGCCACUGUAAAUUCUCUGUCUCCCCUGCUGUUAAGCAGUUUUAUUGACAGGGGUACAAACAAAAGUGUUGAUAUCUGUUCAGCCUGCAUAUAGGCUCCCAGCUGGAACUCUGUGUUCAGUGCAUGUGUGGGGUCCAAUAUAUGACCUUGGCUGCUAAUGGUCUCCUCGAAAAUAUCCUGGAGAGAGGAAGGACGUUUUAUGCCUAUAAUCUUCCCUGCUGUCUUGGUCAGUCUCUUGAUUUGGGCUUUAAGCUGCACUGUCAGGUUACCAUUUACAUUUACAUUUACGUCAUUUAGCAGACGCUCUUACCAAACCAUGUAACAAUGCCGUAGCGUAGGAUUGACUCAUUGGUGGAUCUAUAAAAGAGGAGCGUGAUCUGGUUGACUCCAUAGACCCCGAGUCAACACAGGAAGUGCAAGCGCUGUUGGAUGCCUGAGCACACUCUCUCCACAUGGGUGCACCAGCACAGCCCACUGUCAAUGUGGACCCCCAGGUACUUGAAUGAGUUCACCUACUCAGUGUUCUCUCCGUGUACCACAAUGGGGCUGUGGUCCCCAAUGAACUUAGGGUCAAUGAUCAUCUCCUCAGUAUUUUUCACAUUCAGUUGUAGGUGAUGUUCAUUACACCAUCCGGCGAAUCCUUCAAUCUCUGCGUUGUAGCCGUUGGUGUCAAAGCCUUUGUUUAAAAGCCUGAGGACAGCGGUGUCGUCCAGGAACUUAACCACGUAGUCAUUUGUAUACAGCGUGAAGAGGAUAGGGGAACUUGGUGCGAUUCCCAUUGGCAGCCAUUACAGCUGUGAAUCAUUUUGAAUAAGAUGAGUAUUGUGGUGGCAGCAUCAGGUUAUGGGUAUACUUGUUACCGGCAGAGGCUGGGGAGUAUGUUAGAAUCAAAAUAAAUAUGAAAGGAGCAAAGGAUAGGUAAAAAGUUAGAGGAAAACCCGCCGUAGUCUACUGAAAAGCUAACCCUGGGAUAGUUAUAUUUUUCAGCGGAACAAUUACACAAAUUUUAAUGCCAAAGACACACCAGAAUGGCUUUCCAAGACGUGAUAAGUGUUCAUGAAAGGGUCUAGUAGUCUCAGUCCUGACUUAAAUCUGCUUGAAAAUCAGUGACAAGAAUGUAAUAUUGUUGUCCAUCAAUGAUUACCAAUCAUUUAUGUAUUUUUGACAAAAACAAUGGAUAUGUUGCCCUUAAAGUUGUGAAAGGUUAGAAGAAUCUUAUUCAAAAUGAUUCACAACUGUCAUGGCUGCCAAAGAUGCUUCCACCACGUAUUAACUCUGGGGUGUGAAGACACGCAAUUAAUACAUUUUCAUUUCUAAUUUUUUUAUUAAUUUGGAAAAUGUUCUAUAAUUUUUCUUUUACUUUGAAAAAGAGGAGCAAAUUGUGUAGAUCUAUAGAAAAUAAAUCUAAUUUAAUCCCUUUUUAGAUUACAUUUUAAGGCAGAAAAAUGUGAAGACAAGGGGUGUGUAGACUUUCACUAGCGACUGUAUAUAGAAGCAUGCAAAUGCAAUCCCGCCCUCAUGAAGGUCAUUAUCAUAAAUAAAUAAAAACCGAUAUAUAUUUUUUUAAAUUAUUGAUAUCAAAUAUGUAAUUAUUGAUAUAAAAAAAUACAAUUCUUUAUAUAAAUGUCAUGAAUAUAUGUUAAAACGGUUUUGGAGACCAUAAUGGGGUCCAUGUGCUUAUGUUACGCAGGGAAACAUGUAGACAUACUGCAUUUUUUCUCAAGCACUUGUUUAAAUCUGUGUAUGGACAUAGCACAUUUUCACAGGCUUCUCAUUUCUAAACCAUAAGUAAAGCAUUAAGAUUUCUUCCCCCCGUCCCCCACUAGACAAAUUAGGUCAGUGUAUCCUGAAAUUAAAUUAAAUGAACACAUCUAAUACAUUAAACAUGUGCUGCAUUCACAGUAGUUUUCAUUAUUAGUGAAAACUUGCAGACGCGUAAAGCCCUGCAGUUUGGUUUCAUAAGGAGUGAGGGAAAGCCAGCCACAGUGCUCAGCCGACAGCUCCGUUUUCUAAAUGCUGAGACUGCUCUCACACACUGGCUGGGCAACUGUACGUGAGUAAAGCAGUGAUUGGUCGAGGGCUCUGUCAGUCAGUGAACAAAUCCCCUCGGACUUCCUCUCCUCCUUUCCUGAUGCAGCGUGGGAGGAGAGGGAGGGGCAUGGAUCUGUCUUCUCUCAGCCUGCCUCCGCUUGCUCUUCAGCUCAGCUCGUCACCUGCCUUGGAGUUACUGUGAAAAGAUGAGACUGAGAGGAAGCCGUUCUGUAGUCUGGCUCUUCUAAACCCUAUCUCUGCUUUGUUUUUAUCUCUGGGCUGUUUUCAUUAUUUUUUCCCUCUCUGCUCUGGGGCUGUAGUGGAGUGGGGUGGAGUGGAGUGGAACGUUUGUCCCAGGCUAGCGGAGCUCCGAUGGGAGGCAGCUCUGCCUCUGGCUGGGACUGGGGAUGCUGAACGGGGGGAGGGAGGGCCUGUUUCAGCUGGGACAGCAGCUCCAGCAGCAGGGGGAGUACCAGGCCGCCCUCCACUGCUUCCUCAGCUCUCUGCUGGGGUUGAGGCACGUGCAGAGCUUCACCUCGCUGCCCAACUGCCUGCAUCAGGUGAGCCAACGACCUUGAUGGCUGGAUGAUCACUCAUUCUCACACACACAUGUAUGCAUGCACAUACACGCACAAAAAUACACACACGCAUACUGUAGAUAGAUGUCUGCACACACAAACGUCCAGAGUCUACAGACACAUGCACACUCUUGUGGUGUACACAGACACAAAACACACUCGCCACAAUACUGAUACCAUACAUACUGUAACAUACAGUACUGACACUUUUACUGAUUCGCAAAUGCAGUGUGUAUGCCUGUUACUCAUACUGUACAUGACCAUAUACUAUACAAACACAAGCCACACUAUACAAUACAACCUUCACCAAUGUGAAACGUCAUCUUGCCACUCACAGCACAGGAUCAGCAUGUUUCCUGUUGACAGUGCAUGGUACAAGGUGAAGAGAAGGAGUCUGUCUGUCUCUCUAGCACAAGAACAGACAGAAAAAUGUCAAAUGGCUCUUUUGAAUGUGAGUAAUAUGCCAUAAUGCCAAACUUAUAAAUAUGUAAUCUGCUCUACAUGAAUAAGAGUGUUUGAACUGGUCAAUGUAUAGCAUAUCACAGUAUGUCAGUAGGGUAUUACCUACAGUACUGACAGAGAGGAGUUCAUUCCCCUCCACAAUUCAGUAGCUGAUAUGAGAAUAGUGGGCUGUUUAGGAUCAUACAUGGUGAUCUGAGUAGAAUGCAGAUAGUAAAUUAAUUGUGUAGCAUAUUCAUAUCAUACAAUCCUGAUAUGUGUUUUCCUCUGUGAUUACAGAUUGCUGAACUCUUCAUCUCCGAAAAGAAUUGUAUCCUUUACACACAAACGGAGGCCUUGUGAGUCCAAACCCCUAGCCUUUAUCUGACAUCCACUUCCAGAUAACUAUUAGUACUAUUUUUCCAUGAAAAGCCUACACCUGCGAGUACAAUAGGGAGAAAAAGAUUGUUUCCUUUUUUGGUGGCAGCGGGCAUGGUGAAUUCCAGCACAAAACAGGAUUUGCUGUACAGAGAAUGCACUGUAGGAAGAGGGGGGUAGUUGUGUCCUUGGGCCAGAAUAUAAUCACAGCUUUGUCCCAGAAGGCUCAAGGUUUUGAAUAGGGUUCAAGCCCUGUGUCUUUCUCCUAAGAGGAUUUGUAAACGCUUAUCUCCCCACAACACAGAGUAUGAGAAAGCUAAUUAACCUGUAUUCUGCAGUGGCUGUGUCACCACCACCGCCAUUAUCCACGACAGGCCAGUGGGCUCAGAUAAGGGGGGUGUAGUGUUGCAGGAUCUAUAACCUCUUCCCAUGGUACUCCUCUCUGUUACUGAGACACUGAAACACUUUACAUGCCAGCUCAACGUAUCUGCCUCAGCAAGACCCAGCUCUUCACAACCCAUCUCCCAAAAUAGGUUGAUUUACUGGGCUCACUUCAUCAAUAGAUCUAUUCAUAGUCUCCUCAUGUCCUCAGAACUCAUCUAGUUAAGAGGCUCAUCGGUCAUGACAGGGUUGUCUUUGGACAUGAACCAGACACAUAAGAUCAUGAAUAAUUAUGGCAGAAUUAUAACAUUAUAUAAGCUUUAUAGGCAGAGGUCAUGGGUUGUGUCACCAUGUGACCUACUCUGACUACAGCAAGUAUAACAGUAACACUGUAACGAUUUAAAGUAGAUAGUUUUAAACUAUUCACAAAGUAAUUUGAGUUCUUAUUAUGGAACUUGAUGUGGAACUCAGUAUGAUCCAGACAUGUAUUUUUGUCCACACAGAGAACAGGACAGAACAGUGGGAUGCAUAAAAGAGUCAAAUUAAAACAGUUGACAAAUUAAAACAGAAUAUUCAUGUGGCUGGGCAGAGCCAGAGUUGAACAGGCUUUUAAAGUGCUCUCUUUUAAGUUUAACAUUUUGGGAGGUUCGCUGGGGAGUGGGGGAGGGGACGAGUCAGCCUAAUCUAGCUGACUCUGAUGGGAACUCAUACAGUAGAUUCACAAGCACAGACUCCAUGGCAUCAACUCUCAGCAUCAAAUGCCAGAAUAAUAACUCCCUGUGGCUGAAAUUCUUCUCAGAGCUGCCAGAAUUCAGAAGUGACCUCUGUCCCUCUGGCCAAAAGCCCUCUUGGCUCCACUUUUGUUUAUUGCCAUUUCUUCCAUGGAAAGUGUAUUAAUCUGUCAAUUCAAUUUCACUCUCAAAUUAAUUAGCCAAUCAAACUGAACUUUCAGUCAAAUCAGUCUCAGCAUGUUUUCUGUUACAGCUUGAUGUUUAUAUAGAGCUGACAUUUAUCAACACAUUUCAAAAACACUUCCAAUUUCCAUACCUAUUGUAUAGUAUAUUUUAACUGAGAGUGCUAACUCUAUGAAAAUAGUGGCACAAGCCACAUAUGCUUCAGAGCGCCCUUUAGAAGGUCAUCUCAACCUUGACCCUGUCCACAUCACAUGUGUGCUGCAGGUUCUCCAAACUGAGUUCACCCUGCCAUUUGAGGGGGUCUCUGUCUGGCUUAAUGGAACUUGUUGGAACAUGGUUCAAUCACCAAUUCAGGGGGGAGGACUUAGUACCUACUCAGUGUUGGUUCGCUGCAUUGUUGUAGUUGUCCUGCCAAACUAUAAAUACCCCAGACCAGCAGAAGUAGUGCUUUGACCUCUGAAGUCUGCUGGUACAGUAACCCUCUAUUCCAGAUGGUCCUCGUCAUACUCACCUCACUGUUGGCAGGCAACAUGGGGCUUUCUAGGUGGUGAUACCAUCUUAAUGGACCUCAGAUUAUAGUGAAAUUUCAAAGCACAUUGAUUUCAAAGCACACUGAUAAGAUUACACAUGUCACGAUCGUCUGAAGAAGCGGACCAAUACGCAGCGCGUGGAGUGAACAUGAUGACUUUUAUUUAAUAAAGCAACCACGAAAAACAACAAAUGACGAUAGUGAAGUCCUCUGUAACACUGACAGAAACAUGGAACAAAAACCCACAAACCAAGGAGAAACCACACAGUUUAAAUAUGGCUCCCAAUCAGAGAUAACGAGCCGACAGCUGACACUCGUUACCUCCGAUUGGGAGUCAUAUGACUAAUCAAGAACAAUACCCAAACAUAGAAAUGAACAACUAGAAUCCCCAACAUAGAAAUACACCCAAACAAUGAAAAUGAACAACCCUGGCUCAAUAAUCAAAGUCCAUGGAGCCAGAGUGUCACAGUACCCCCCCCUAAAGGUGCGCACUCCGGGCGCACCAGCAUACAGUCUAGGGGAGGGUCUGGGUGGGCGUCUGUCCAUGGUGGCGGCUCUGGCCCAGGUCGUGGUCCCCACCCCACCUUAGUCACUAUCCGCUUCCGUAGCCCCCUCCACCUGACCACCCCCCAAUUAAACCCCACUGGAUUAAGGGGCGGCACCAGACUAAGGGGCAGCACCGGACUAAGGGGCAGCACCGGACUAAGGGACAGUACCUGACUAAGGGGCAGCACCGGACUGAAUGGCGGAUCCUGGCUGGCUGGCUCUGGCGGAUCCUGGCUGGACGGCUCUGGCGGAUCCUGGCUGGACGGCUCUGGCGGAUCCUGGCUGGCGGAAGGCUCUGGCUGAUCCUGUCUGGCGGAAGGCUCUGGCUGCUCCUGUCUGGCGGAAGGCUCUGGCUGCUCCUGUCUGGCGGAAGGCUCUGGCUGAUCCUGUCUGGCGGAAGGCUCUGGCUGCUCCUGUCUGGCGGAGAGCUCUAGCGGCUCCGGUCUGGCGGACGGCUCUGAAGGCUCAUGGCAGACGGGCGGCUUUGCAGGCUCAGUACAGACGGGCAGUUCCUGCGGCGCUUGGCAGACGGACAGGUCAGACGGCGUUGGGCAGACGGGCAGUUCAGACGGCGUUGGGCAGACGGGCAGUUCAGACGGCGUUGGGCAGACGGACAGUUCAGGCCCCGUUGGGCAGACGGCAGACUCUGGCCGUCUGAGGCGCAUCGUAGGCCUGGUGCGUGGUGCCGGAACAGAGGUACCGGGCUGAGGACCACGCAUCUCAGGGCUAGUGCGGGGAGAAGCAACAGGGCAUGCUGGACCCUGGGGACGCACCGUAGGCCUGAUGCGUGGUGCCGGAACUGGAGGUACCGGGCUGAGGACACGCAUCUCAGGGCUAGUGCGGGAAGCAGCAACAGGGCAUGCUUGGCCCUGGGGACGCACCGUAGGCCUGAUGCGUGGUGCCGGAACUGGAGGUACCGGGCUGAGGACACGCAUCUCAGGGCUAGUGCGGGGAGAAGCAACAGGGCAUGCUGGACCCUGGGAACGCACAUAACUCGGGAGACACACAGGAGGCUUGGGGCGUGGUGUAGGCACUGGUGGGAAAGGGCUGGCGACGCGCACCGUAUCCCUGGUGCGAGUGGCCGGAACAGGCCGGGCCGGACUGGCGAAGCGCACCGUAUCCCUGGUGCGAGUGGCCGGAACAGGCCGGGCUGGGCUGGCGAAGCGCACCGUAUCCCUGGUGCGAGUGGCCGGAACAGGCCGGGCUGGGCUGGCGAAGCGCACCGUAUCCCUGGUGCGAGUGGCCGGAACAGGCCGGGCCGGGCUGGCGAAGCGCACCGUAUCCUUGGUGCGAGGGGUCGUAACAGGCCGGACCGUACUGGAGGCACACACCACUGGCUCUACCCCGGGAACUGGAACGGGCCGGACCGGACUGGAUACACACCUCAGUCUCUCACGCCGUGCCUCUACAUCUCCUUUCCCUACUUUGGCCAGUGACCCCCGUAACCUGGUUGCCUCUUGAAUUCGCCCCUUCUCUGCCUCCGUUAGCCCCGUCGUCCAAGCCAUGUGCCCCCCCCAAAAAACUUUUUGGGGUUGCCUCUCGUCCUUCCAACGAUGAUGGCCCUGCUGACGCCGUUGCUCCUCUCUCGCCAGGGCCUUGAUCUUCCCCCAAGGUCCCUUGCCCCCGAGCAUGUCCUCCCAGGACCACGAUUUGCCCACCUGGGCCAUCGCCAGCCUCUCGAUCUCUUUACCAGGUGCUUCCUCCCAUGUCCAGCUGUCUUGCUCCUGGACACGCUGCUUGGUCCUUCUAUGGUGGGUUUUUCUGUCACGAUCGUCUGAAGAAGCGGACCAAUACGCAGCGCGUGGAGUGAACAUGAUGACUUUUAUUUAAUAAAGCAACCACGAAAAACAACAAAUGACGAUAGUGAAGUCCUCUGUAACACUGACAGAAACAUGGAACAAAAACCCACAAACCAAGGAGAAACCACACAGUUUAAAUAUGGCUCCCAAUCAUAGAUAACGAGCCGACAGCUGACACUCGUUACCUCCGAUUGGGAGUCUAUUACUAAUCAAGAACAAUACCCAAACAUAGAAAUGAACAACUAGAAUCCCCAACAUAGAAAUACACCCAAACAAUGAAAAUGAACAACCCUGGCUCAAUAAUCAAAGUCCAUGGAGCCAGAGUGUCACAACACAUUUCCCUUUGGGGUGAUUUCUGUAACUUGCUUGAGGCAUCACGUUGUAUUGAACGCUUUUUCAUGAAAAAGUAAAGAGAUGGAUCGAGUGGGUACAGUUCAUAUGCCAGGAAAUACGAUGCAGUUAUAUCUGUUUGGUAAUCCAUACUGAAUGUAUUAGUUGUGAACGCAUCUCCAGACAUCUGAUUUAUUGGCCUGUGAAAUGUGCUGUGUCUGUAAUGACCAUCAACAGUCAUUAAUUACAUCAGUGGCCUAGUAAACCCUGGAGUUAACCCACAACUGUCUGUCAGCAGCCCAAUAGCUCUACCUCAGCUGGGCUUUUAUAUACUAGCUAUAGGGCUCUAUUUUGGGCUGGCAUUAAGCCAGCGCAAUUGUCAAACGCACACUCGUUUGCAAUUUUGACCUGUUAAACCUUUUCUAUUUUCAAAUCCUAGCGCCAGGAUUGGUAAUUUACCUGUCUUAUAUGAGCUCGCUUGCGCUGAGGUGGGAGGGGUGGCAAUAUCAGAGGUGUGUCCUUAGAAAUGGCCGUCAUUGUAAAUAAGAACUUGUCUGUCAUUGUAAAUAAGAAUUUGUUCUUAACUGACUUGCCUUGUUAAAUAAAGGUUAAAUAUAGAUAAAUAAAAUGUGCGCCAAAGUGCCAAUUUCAGUAUGUGCUGGUGGGGAUAUUUAAGACCAAUCGAAAGCUGGUCGUAGUGGUAACGUGGUUGGUUAUGGCAUUGAUUUUGACAACGGAAGCGCAGCCUAUCCAACCGGGACGCACAGUGCCCAUUUGCUUUCAUUUCAUUAAAAACCAAGCAUAGCAAUGAAGGCAGUUUUUUGGUCAUGCCCAAUGCAUUCGCCAAGUAGUUAAGACUAUCGAAAAUGUAUGCACGCAUGACUGUAAGUCGCUUUGGAUAAAAGCGUCUGCUAAAUGGCAUAUUAUUAUUAUUAUUAUCGAUAAAGGCUUUGGCUCAUGAGACGCUUAGAAAUAAAGCUUUAUUAAAAGAUCAAGCUUGGCAGCAGCAGAACAGUGAGUGGACUUCCCCUUUUUAUCUGUGUAGGCUAUUACAUCAUUUUAGCCAGCUCCUGUUAUUAUUUUGGUAGGCUAUAUCUUGCUUAUUGAGAACAUGCCUCGCACAUACAAAACAAUUUAUGGGAGAGUAAACAUAUGUGGGCCUAUACUCGUUGAAGCCAAUUUCAUCAAUGUUGACUGUCAAAACACUGGAGCUGUGUUCGAAUACCCAUACUAACAUACUGUAUGCUACAUACUUAAUGAGUAUAUACUACAUACUACACUACCAGUCAAAAGUUUGGACACAGCUACUCAUUCAAGGGUUUUUCUUUAUUUUUUAUAUUUUCUACAUUGUAGAAUAAUAGUGAAGACAUCAAAAUGCAUUAAGAAGGAAAGAAAUUGCACAAAUUAACUUUUAAGAAGGCACACCUGUUAAUUGAAAUGCAUUCCAGGUGACUACCUCAUGAAGCUGGUUGAGAGAAUGCCAAGAGUGUGCAAAGCUGUCAAAAAGGCAAAGGGUGGCUAUUUGAAGAAUCUCAAAAUAAUAAUAUAUUUUGAUUUGUUUAACACUUUUUGGGUUACUACAUGAUUCCAUAUGUGUUAUUUCAUAGUUUUGAUGUCUUCACUAUUAUUCUACAAUGUAGAACAUUUUUAAAAGAAAGAAAAACCCUUGAAUGAGUAGGUGUGUCCAAACGUUUGACUGGUACUGUAUAUACUAUUGGUUCAUUUUAGUAUACUGUAAACGAAUGGUAUCCUUUCAGUUGAUAAUACUAGCGCUUCGCCUGUCUACCGGAAGUUCAUGCUGUUGCUAUGCAACCUCUUGCUAGCUUGUUAGCGUAACAAAUUACUAGCUAGACAUCAUACAACUUCAGGUGUGUUCGUAAAUUCAAGCUGGAGUGCCAGAGUGCGCUUUGGGCGUUUGUCAAUUAAGAGCGUUGUCUGAUUGUCCGUUCGUAAAUUCAGAGCGUUUCACUCUCGGACCAUUCAGAGCGCUUACUGGACGCUCUGGUCGAGGAGUAGGGUUGAUCUGAGCGUUCUGACCUCACAACGGCAGUCAAGCACCCAAGCUAACUGGCUAACUUGCUAGCUACUUCCAGACACAAUUGAGAGAACACCUCACUCUGACCAUUUUACUCGCCCUAACAGAGCUGGUUAGGCUGUUUUCAUGUUAUCCAGAGCAUUGGUGACUGUAACUGUGCUGCUGGCAACAAUUUAAUUACGCUUUUUUUGCCGACAUUUAUUGACACCGGUUAUAUUCAAUGGGUGUUGAGCCUUCAUAAAUUCAUCAGUUAUUCUGCGCUCUGGCACACUCAGAGGAGAGUGCUCUGAAAUUGGAGUAGAUAGCCAGGGUGAAUUAACAAUGUCCAUUGAGAAUGCACAACGAUUAUACCACUUAGCUAAGCUAAGAAUGACGUGAAUAAUCAAGUCAAUAAACAUUGGGUAGUUAGUUAGAUAGCAUAUAGAUAAUAUACUGGCAUGUUCGAUGUAUUAGUAGCCAACUAACGUUACUUUAGGUAGCUAGCUAACAUACCGGUACAUACUGCUGUAAUGAUAUGCUAUGCAGUUCGUAAGGAUAGAGUAGCUAACAAAUUGUCAGCCAACGUAACUUAUUUGAAAAGUCAUUACUUUAUUACAUUGCUCAACAUUUUCUUAACAUUUGUCAAAAUUAGUUAAAGCAAUGAAUUUGUAUCCGCUCUCGUCGGACUUCAGCUGCAUAUUUUUCGCCAUUUACUUCAAAUCUGAAAACGUUUUGAAGCCACGCCCAUUAUCUGAAGAAUUGCAUUAUGGGCCCUAAAAGCACAGAAAUAGUGUCCACUGCUUGUAUACUUUGUAUUUUGACAAAUGUAGUACGACAUCCGGUAACUUUUGACAUAUUAACUAUUUCCAUACUAUGACCAAUAAGCAUACUACAUACUCAAUUUACGUCACAAAUAGUAUGGUUAGUACAGUUUGCAUUACUCAUUACUGUAGCCUAUGCUAUUUCAUAAACUGUAGUAUCAAUCCACAAUGGACUAGGAUGAGAAUAUUCCGUGCCCCCAAUUGAAUUGGAGUUGAUGACAACGCAAAGACCAUCAAUAACCUACAGAACUUGAAACAACGGCAUGCAGUAUUAAGCCAUGAAACGUGUUGGAAAAAGCAUCAUACUGUAUUUCUGUAUUUUGAAAGUUAUAUAUCUUAAACUUGAUUGCUGACAUGCAAAACAUUUUGGGACUAUAGCAACAACGGACUAAUGAAACAAAUACCAAAAUAUAGUUUUUGGGUGGAGUUUUCCUUUAAAAUUCUUCAAUUCAAACAUUAUGGGUUAAAAUACACAUAUACACUGAGUGUACAAGACAUUAGGAACUUUCCAUGACAGACUGACCAGGUGAAUCCAGGUGAAAGCUAUGAUCCCUUAUUGAUGUCACUUGUUAAAUCCACUUCAAUCAGUAUAGAUGAAGGGGAGGAGAUCACAUUACAAAGCACCAUGUGGUGGCACAUUUUAGAAAUAUUCAAAUAAGGCUUUACACCCUUAUAACUCAUAGGAAGUAAACUGAAAGAGAAAUGUACUCUUCUGGAGUUAAUUAUUAAUUCAAAACAACACAGAAAAGUCUAAAAUGGCAAUUGGAGUUAAAUUUAGAAAAUAUCAACACCAUGACCAGAGUCGUUUGAACACAAAAUGGGGGUGGGACCAUAUAAACCCCAUUAAAUUUGACUCCAUACGAGUUGAAUUAACUCUUGCGAUUUUACUGUGUAGUUAUAAAAGUUAGCAUCUUUCCUUUCACAUGGACAGUUAUAAUGGGGGUUUAUAGGCUACUGUCUUUAUAGGCUACCAUUUUGUUAUGUUGUGAGAGCAGGCUUACAUGUGCGCUUAAAACUGGGCUCAAGGGAGUGGUGCAGGCAGAGGACUCUUUCUUAGUGACACCAUGAGUGAGACCAGCUGCUGUGUUUUUCAGAUCCAGGUCAAAUCAUUGGUUCGUUUUUCAGCUCUGACAGAGGUAGAAAGCUAUAAACCACAUCAUGGUGGUUUUUCUAUAGCCUGUAUUCACUGUAUACAAUACAUACUUUUUUUAAAGCUUUCAUUUGUAUCUGUGCUACUUUAACAGAAGUCAAUAGGUCACACACAACAAUUCAGAAAUAGAACCAAGCAAAGUCUGGUCUCACGUGCAACAGAGAGCUCCUGCCUUUAAGUAGGCCAUUUAUGCAGGGCUGUAUGUCUGUGUAAAUGGUGUUGACUUACAAAGGGAUGCAUUUAUAUCAGUAUGCAGAAUGCCUUUGACAAAGUGAACAAACUCGGCUCCUGGGUCUAUAUUUAGGGACAGCAAAUAUUUAGUGUGUUAUUAUGGAAUCAGAUACAAGAGACUCUGACACAUCAACAUGGACAAACAAGACACUGUCCAGAUUAUUAUAGUCCAGGCCUUCACAGAGAAUCUAUGAAUAUAUGAUUACAGUUGCUUGUUGUUUAGAAUGUCGGUGAUGAGCCUGUUACUUGCUGAGGUCACGUUCAGGAGCCAUAAAAAACAACAACACUUUGCAGUUGAGCCUGGCGACAACACAGUUUCUGACUGCAACAACUGACUUAAUCCCUGAGACAACUGAUCCUUCACCUGUAUAAACAGACGGCAAGGCCCUGCAGUUCAUUCAGGCUGAGAAGAUGUUCUAUGAGGUUGCUCUGAUCGAGCUCACUGCUGUUCAGGGGAGCACAGGCAAGUACAUUUAGAUCUAUACCAUGGGGGCAUUAAGGGGGUAUUAGCACUCUAACUUGGUGAUUAGGGAGUGUCAUAAUGGUACCCCAGGAAAUGCAAUUGCUAGAAGCCAACUUUGCGUUAUACAGUAUGAUACACAGUGGGGGUGUUUACCUGCUUUUUGCUAUAAACAAAUCUGAAUUAAUACCAGUGCUCAAUGUGUGAUUCUGUACAAUAGAGAAACAAACCUCUGCCAGAGAGCCUGGCAUAUCCCUUACAGCCCAACAGGAACCAUGUGAUUCAUUUAACCUUGAUCCAUCUUUAUUUGCUGUAAACAUAGUGCAGCUCUGAGACAGUGUUCACCUCAAGUGGCCAGUCAUCGGUCACCUGCUGCCUCUCCUCUGCAGAUGUCUGCAUUCAUCUCUGUCUGUCUGUCUGUCUCUCUGUCUGUCUGCCGGGAGGCUGCUCUCUGUCAGUCUGCCGGGAGGCUGCUCUCUGUCUGUCUGCCGGGAGGCUGCUCUCUGUCUGUCUGCCGGGAGGCUGCUGAUGCAGCAGCAGCUCAGUGUUGCAUGGGCAGGAAGUAGCAGGAGUUAUUGGACAGACAGGGAAGACUAAUGGCCAUGCUAGGCAUUAUCUCAUAAGGAGAUGUGUGGCGCCAUACUGAGGCCCCUGAUUCAGCACUGUGCCUGCUGCUCUGCUUCUGGCAUCACAAUCACUCCACCAGCCUUCUGUCUCUCUCUCUCUUCAAUCUCCUGUUCAAACCUCUGCCCAUUUCCACAUUCUCUCAUUCUCUAUCAGAGAUAUUGGACCAACCCUAUGUCCUAUUCCUACUUUUACCUCAUCCUGUUCAAAGUUUCAGUCCGCUUAUUGUCAUUUCUGAACCACUUUACUCUUCUGUUUACCUCUCUGUAACAUCUGGCUGUAAAUGCUUUUAUGUAGGCUAAUCUCCACUCCCAACAGGGUCAGGUCAGUUGUGUAUUUGCCUGUGUAAGCUGGUAGCUGUAUCACUGCUCUUGUGGGCGUGGUGAGUGCGCUGUUUUCACUCACAGUAUCUUCUCCCUGCCCUCUUCCCUCUGCUCUCUAUCUGACAUCUCCUGCUCACUAUCCUGUUGGCUCCACUGUACUCUGCUGUUCAGACUCCACUCUCAUCUCCACACUGCCAGCCCUGCCAGAGACCACGUCGCCAGCCUUUUGGAUUCUGUUUACUUGCUGCGGAGAGAGACAGAGACAGAGCGAGAGGGAGUUAGAUGGAUAGAAAGAGAGAGGGAUAGAGCGUGAGAGAGAGAAGGAUAGAGACAAACUUAGCGGGGGCGGCUGACUGCGUCUGAUUACAUGCCCUGUGUGUGUGUAACAGGCCCCCAGGAGGAGGCUUUGCUGGGCUCGGCGGGGACAGGAUGGGCGUCCUCAGAGGAGCUAUCGGAUCAGGCUUCCCAGGCACAGCACCUGGAGCGGCUGGCCCAGCUCUGCAUUGUGAGUAAAAGGUACGUAGUGAUGAAUAACGUGAAAGGCUGUUUCAUGUGUGUUACAGUACUGUAUGUAAUGAAAUAGAGGCUGGUUUAUUAUGUGUUCUGUGUGUCUAAAGGCUCUCAGGGCCCGGUGAACAAGUAAAACACAAAAUGUCCUCACUUGCAAUAAGGGCAGUGUUGCUUAGUACUGUUGGUCUUCCUCUCAUUAAGUAAUAUGUCUAGCUGUUUCUGUUCUGCUGACCUUUCUGUACUUUGUUGGUCUAUACUGGGUUUCAAGUAAGGAUGGGAUGAAAAAGUAGAUAAAAGAAUGAUCUUGUUAAAAUGCCUGAUAUACACUGAGUGUACAAAACAUUAGGAACUGCAUUUUUUAUAUCGAUAAUUCGAUCUUUGAUAUUAUUGUUUGUAUUUUCUAUAUCGAUAAUUGCAUUUUUGAUAUCAAUAAUUGAAUUUUGUAUAUCAAUACUUUUCAAAUUCUGCAUAUAUUAGUAUACACUGAGUGUACAAAACAUUAAGAAUACCUGCUCUUUCCAUGUUAUAUACUGACCAGGUGAAUCCAGGUGAAUGCUAUGAUCCCUUAUUGAUGUCCCUUGUUAAAUCCACUUCAAUCAGUGAGUAGAUGAAGGAGAGGAGACAGGGUAAAGAAGGAUUUUUAAGCCCUGAGACAAUUGAGACAUGCAUAGGGAGAGGUGUGUAAUGGUUGGAUUAAGUGAGGAAGCUGGUUAAUCUUGAAUGAGAUUGUAGAGAUUGUUUUUGGCUGUACCCAGGGUCUUGGGUUUCUGGGAAAACAAGCACUAGUUGGUUUCUGCUGUUUGAUCUCAUUCUUGUACUAUACUUUUAGUUCAGGGUCUCUAGCACAAUGCUAUUAGGCCUAAAGUUUACAGUGCCUUUGUAACCGGUGUGAAAUGGCUAGCUAGUUCACUAACCUUAACCCUAACCCCUAACCCUAACUCCUAGUCUAGCUAACGUUAGCCAGCUAGCUAGAAUUCAUGAACUAUUAAGAGAGAACCGGAAGAAAUGGACAGAAACUUUAUUUUGACUCGUAUAACGGGCUGUAGUAGUCACCAGCCCCCAUCUUCUCUUGUGGACAGCGAGUUAUGGUGCUUCCUGAAUCUUUCAACGCUGUGGGAGGAAGUCAUUCGGCCGUUGAAGGGCUUCGCUAUACUUUGGCGAUAGGAUGUCCUCAAAGGACGUUCUAAACAGUGCAAAAGGACACCUGGCCAUUACUAAUUGAAGGGAAGAAGGGCUUGCUCUCAUCUAUGGCUACACAUGAGGGUGAUGAAUGACCUUGUGUGGUGUUAGCCGCGGGCAGAUACAGAUAUAGAGAGUUGGAAUCUGUCAUGUCAUGCUAUGCCCACUUAGCUCUGUUCCAGAGGGGGAUAGCCGUGGAAGGGUGCAGAGUAAACCAACCUGUGGGGGCCAUAACGUCUGUAAUUCACCCUGGAGCCAGGAUGAGGGCAGCCGCUUGGCAGUUGGCAGGCCCUGGACGUUUCCACUGGCUUCAUAAGGUUGGGUCUCUGGCCCUGAGCCCACAGCCCUGUCGGCCCAGCCUCGUUGCUCCAAAUCUAAUCACAGCUCAGCCCACGCGUGUUUGGAUUUGUCAUGCUGCUCGGCUCCAAACACCGACAUCGAUCCGCACACCUGACAAUGCAGCACGCCCCACUAAGCUUGAUUAAGGUCAACCAUUGUUGUCCUCACUGAAAGUACUUAUUUGUGGGCUUAAAUUAACCAAGGGUGCCAGACCAGAUAGAUUUCAGCCCAAAUCCAAGCCCAGAUUGAUUAUUUGGAAUGACAUGAACUGCUUUUUCUAGUUAAAGUAUUAUGAGUAUACAAUGUGGCAUAGAUCAAAACAGGAAGGACUGUGAACUACUGAUACAAAAUAAUCCAUAAAAUGUUACUUAUCUCUGUGUUCCUGUCCUUUGUCUUUCAGACCUCAUCUUGCUUUAGAGUACAGUGGGAAAGCCACUAAGAUCCAUCAGAGGGCCUUUGGCAAUGACCACCCCAUCACAGACAGGAGUCUGGAGCUGCUGGCCACCGUCUACGCAGAGAUCGGCAAGACAGAAUACUCAGGUAAAAGCCAUAGCCAUGCUGAGUAAAGACCGAAAAGCUAUAGACAUACUGAAAUGGUCAUGAGUGUUACUACAUGGCUGAGUGUGACAGCAUGUACUGUACUGUCAGUAUGACAUACAAGCCUCCUUCCUUACAGCACACAGGCAGAGGAAGAGUUUUUAUAUUUGAUAGUUUGUGGUUAAAACUGUACACUGAGAGGUGAUGUAGUGUAGACCUUGUCACCACGUUUACACAAAGCACUCUCCAGUGGCAUGACAAGCCCAAGAACAACUUAACCUCUUUGCUUCAGCUCACACGCCGCACUGUAAGUGGCUUACAGAAUUUCAGUUAGCCUUCGUACUGUACGAUGUCAGAUCAAGGAAAUGUUACAUUAAUAAACACACUCACUGUGCUGUUGGACAUCAAAGUGGUUUUAUAUAGAGCUGAACAAAAAAUACUUAUUGCGAAUUUGACAGUUUGAGGCCACUGUAAUGUUGUGCUCAUGCUUCGCUUGCAUGAAGAGGAAGAUGCAUUUUCUAUCGUUUCCCAAAGUUGGCGUUUUAAGGGAAGAGAGGUCUGCACGGGGUAAAAUGUGCCCUAGAUGUUAAGAUCAACUGUUGAGUCAGCUUCCAAAGGCUGGGGUGUUCAGUAGAGCAGGUAAUGUAGAACCUGGGUUGCUAAGACAACAGUUCACAUCGUACGUUGUUAUUCAUUCCAGUUGACCUUCUUGGCCAAAUCCUAGGUAAAAUACAUUUGUAAAUAAAUACAGAGAACAGCGAAGCAAGGACACAGUUUGUGUUUGCAAUAUAAGCCAGGUCACUGUCAGGGUACACGUUUCAUUCAAAUGACUCUGUUUGCUCUCUGUGUAACCUUAACUUUGUUUCAUACACAAAGCGUGAUUUCUCUGUGACUUAAAAUGGCUGUCAUAGAGUUGUCAUUAUGGGUGUGUACUGCACGCCUCCUAUAAAUUCCUUUAUUGAUAGUUGGAUGGUCUACAUGUUGCUUAUUCAUUCUAUUGCACAGCUGUCAUAACACAAAGCUAGUGUAUUGCUUUGUAACUGUGUGCAUGGCCAUGAUGGAGUCAACACAGAAAUGUUUGUUUUUGUAUUUUGAACUUUCAUCUAUCUACCCAGUAUUUGUCUGCAUGUACCUUGUACCUUGACUCCAGGUUCCAUUGGCAGUUAGAGACUGUUUACUCAUGGUUAACCCCUUAGACUCCCUGGGCCAGUGUGUGUCAGCACUGUCCAAGAGGUUUGCUGCUGCCGAGUCCUUCAGAGACAAACUCAACAACGGUCUUCCCCAUUCCCACUCCCAUUCCCAUUCCCAUCGGGAGAAACACUCCGAGGUCUGGCACAGGAAAGACCCCAGCCUACUGGAUGACACACCAAAACCCAAGGUGACACACUUUUGUUAAGAAGACGUUUUUUUUUCCAGUCACGGAAAUGUACUCAAAACUGGUGUCCAUUGUGUCCUCACUUCUAAUGAUAUCUCACCCUCUCCUAAGGUCACCAACGGUAAAAUCCCCACGUCCAUACUGAAGAGGUCUGGCUCAGGAUCAGACUCAGAGCCCAGCCACAGACGGAAAGGCGAGCGGCGGGUCCGGUUCCGGGAGCCUGAGACCACUGUGCAUGGUGAGAGAGACAGCAGGAUAAGAGAUCAAAUACCAAACAUAUGGAGGCCAUGAGGACUAGAUCUGUCCUAACUUUAAAAGUCUGAGCCCAUUCAGUGCAUGUAAUGAGCCGAGGAGAGAUAAAGUGUGUGUGUGUCAGACCAUAGCUGAUGGAGAGUGCUGCCCUCUGGUGCAUUCUCACUUCUACCCAAUCACUCUGACUUCUUUACUGCACUGGGAGGCCUUGGUCUGCAGAAACAAGAAACACAUUUAUCAUUGGACUGACUCAGCUCUAUUCCACUGGGUUUUGGAGAAUUAAACACUCACCACAUCAAAAUCUAUAUAACAAUGCUUAGUAAUAAAUUGGUGAGAUAUACUGCUAAAUCUACUGUUCUCCUAAUUCUCUAUGGGGCAAUGUACCUCUCAGAGGGGUCUGUAUUGUUAUGGCUUAGCUGUAAAAGAAAAUGAACAAGAAACAGUAAAGUCCUGUGAUUAGAUCGUAAAACACUGUCCCUUGAGGAUACCGUAGUAUUUAAUUUAAUGCUGAAUUUAGAAAAAGAACAAACAUGAGCAAGUGAUUUACACUUCUUGAUGAAUUAUGCAUGCAAAGUAGUCAGCAUACAAUCUGUGACACAGAGAUAGCUAAUUAGGUGCAGCCAUCCACUGUAGCUGUACACCACCAGGCAUGUGUGUACUGUUGUCUACAGUCAGAUGUCUAGGUGCAAUGUGAAGCUGUUAUUUACUUGUUUCUUAUCUAUCGGUUUCGCAGACAUUCCAUACUAUGACUGUUUAGUUGGUAAGUCUGUCUGAGAGUGGUCCCAAUUAUUAACUUACUAAGAGCAUGAAGCAAGUGUCACCUUCACUGACUGGUCAUUACUGACUUGUUAUAGUAAACCUGUGUAUGGAAUACUGUUGUGUGGUGAUUCAUGUGAAAAUAUGCCCAUCAUAGACAUUUUAAUAUUGUACUGUGAUGCAUGGGUAUUCCUCCCUCCAGCAAGUUCGUUUUGCAUGGCCCGGUGCCCCGGGUGGGUGGAGUUUGCACAUUAAGUGAAAUCUCCACCCACCCGGGGCACCGGAACAUGCAAAACAAACUGGCCAUUUGUACCCACUUUUGAUAUUGCAUAUUCCAGUCCAGUAUCUGGUGUAUGGCACUUUUUAUACAGUUUAAAAAGAGCCAUAACCAAAAACACAAAAAAGCAGGCCUCUAGCUAAUAAUAAAAAAUGAAAAUUCAAAUUGACAUCAGGAAGAUGCCAUUCCCCUCACUCCUGAAUGGGCAGACUGGAUAAGCCUUUACAAAUGAUAAAUCAUUCAACAGUUUGUUGUUGGUCUCUUUUGGUUCACAGCCUAUGACACGUCACCACCACGCCCCCACCUGGCCCUGUUCACCUGCUUGUUCCUGCUGAUGUUACUGCUGGGCGUGGCCAUGUACAGCACGGACCGCCGGCGCCCACAGCGUGUUUGUGAGGAGCUGGAGGCCUCACUGGCUGUCUACCUGAUACACAUUAAACAGCUGCUGUGGGGCUGCUGGAUCUGGCUAACCAUGCAGUGACUGGGACCCACCAGAGGGGGAGACGUGGAGCACUGAAUUCACUCUCCUCCUCAUUAUAUGCCCCUUAAGGUGUCCUUACCCAGCCUGGUCCACAAGCACACCUCAGUCAUACACACUGACUAUCUAUCUAUGGUGUUGAGAUGUGCACCCCUACUGCUACGGUCACACCCAUAUAUGGAGAAAUGUAUAAUCCCAGAGAUACAGUAUGUAUCCUCCAUGCCUGUACACUGUAUGUACAUAGGUGGUGGGUAUGCUGUCAUGUUUGUUUUGUCGAUAAGACGUUUUGCACAUCAGCAAUGUUGACGCUCACUGGUUAUGCUCACUUAAUUGCUACAAUAAUUUACAUUUUCCAUUCUUGACGCAAUCUAUUGUAUGUGAGUAAAUGUUUCAUGGAAUGUAAAAUCAAUUGUAUUUCUUUUAUUACAAUACUCUGUCAUUUUGUGUACUUAAAAGAUUACUACAGAUAUGAAUGUGUAUAUACCGUAUAGUAAGGACUAUCACAAUAUUACGCCUUGAUAUUGAACAUAAUUGAAUGUAGAAAAUGUGAAAAACUGCUUUGAAUUGGCAAAAAACACUCUUACUGUCUAAGAUAAGGAUUAUGGAUUGAGUCAAGCACAAUGUGACCACCUUUUAAAAAGGAUAGCUGAAACAGACACAGGACUGCUUCAAUUCACAGUGACAGGUUGAACUAGCAAAUUGAUUGACAAAGCCAUCUUGCUUUUACAGCAUAAAUACUGCAGUCUGACCAUUUUUAGGUCAGAUCAAUGCUGUGAUCCCAGUUGGACAAAGACGACAACUUCAGCACAAUAAUAUGAAUGCUCUCUUUCCUGGGAAUGUACUCAAAUUCAAUGACUGAUUAUGAUUUAGACAGUGUACCUCUUGGUAAAUGCUAAAAUUCCACAAGUAAUAUCCUCUAAAUGUUAUUUAUUUAUUCUAUACUGCAUAUCUGCAUCUACUCAAAUAUCAAAUACUUUUAUUUUCUUUACAGUACAUUUUGAAAGGGCUUUUGUUACAUUUCUAUUUGAUUGAUCCGAUAUUCAGGUUUGAAUCUUCAUGUCAAACGCUUUUAAAGCUGGGGAUUAUUUGGGGAUUGAAACUAACUUUAAAUUAGAGCAAAUGUUUAUGAUACAAAGUAAAUAAAAGGAAUGUACAUUAAAUGUACGGUCCAAUGGUCUACGGUAAGAUGCAGCAACAUUAUGACACUAAUUGAAUCAUCACUGUGGGACCUUCAGUAAUUGGCACCAUUCAAAUAUUGAAAACAUAGAAAUUGAGUCACUUCUUUAAAUGGGUUAAGCUUUAAAGGGCAAUGUGAUGUUUAUCAUAUACUGUACAUGUCAAUCUGAGCAAUAAAACACAAUACAUUGUUUCCAAUAAUACAUAUUCUUUAUACAGCUUUCAGGGAACACAACUAUAGGAAAGAGUCAGUGUUGGAAAAAUCUGAGCAAUACGAUGCAACCAAUGUCUGAAUGGAAGAGAUACUGAGACUGAAGGUUUUCUCUGCACUCUCAAGGGGAACUACUGUCAUUAGCAAUACAAAUACCUAGCAAGUAAACAUGGCCUGUAUCUGCACAUUUUGGUUAGUAGCUGCAUUUCACUGCUGACAAUCUGUAUGUGGUCACUUUGAAAGAAGUGCCUUUUAGAAGGAUUUCUUAGUUUCUAUCUUUUUUAUUUAAUUGAAUUAUUUUAAAUAAAACUGUCAUUGCAUACCAAAGUCAGUGAGGGUGGUGACUAGCUUUUUAUAGUUUAAUAUGCGUUUGGAUUUGUUUGUGUGUGUGUGUG